AUGUUUGCAGGGACGAUGACCACACUAAAGGUUCUCCCUCAUCGACGUUCCAUACCACGUCUGUACGUCAGAACCCCUGUCCAGCGCAGGCAUGACGUCAUCAUCCCAAGAAUUGGGCACAGAAGCUCGAAAAUUGUACGAUUUGACGACAUUGAUGAUGCAAUGAGCGACUGCAGUCGUGUCAGUGUAUCGUCGAGCUUCACCGACCAUGCGUUUGAUCCGGAUGAUGACUAUGACUUCGACGCUGACGAUGACCUACUUGCUUCAAUGAACGAACCUAACAAGACGCUUCCAAUAUGCGAGCAUCUCUACCUGGCUGCCUGCAGGAAAUACCGCAUCAUUCCUGUCCAAAAGUUCUACCAGCAGCUGUCGUGUUCAAGGAUUUGUCUUAGCAACACUCCUCUUGGGGAGGUGGGGGCGAGGGCAAUUGCUGUUGCUUUUGUUAGAAACCAUGACGUCGUGACAUUAGAACUCAGUGGAGAUGACAUUGGUCCGGUUGGUGCGCAGCAUCUUGCAGAAGUCCUGCUUGAAAAUGUUAGCAUUGCAAGCUUAGACUUAUCAGACAAUAAAUUUGGUACUGAAGGGGCUAUCGCUAUGGCUGGUUUGCUUAAAAAGAAUCGUAAUCUCACCAAAGUGAAAUUAGCCGGGAAUAACUUCUGUGAAGAUGAUGCUGUCCAUUUUUCAGAUGCACUUAUUGAAAAUAACACAUUGGAAGAACUUGAUCUCAGCUACAAUAACUUGAGCACGCGAGGUGGAAUGGUGUUAAAGAAUGCAUUGGGUGAAAACUGCACCCUUCAAGUAUUGAAUCUCCGAUGGAACCAUUUGAGGAAGCAUGGGGCAUUAGGCAUCGCCGAUGGUCUCAAGUUCAAUGUUGGCCUCCGUAAACUUGACAUCUCAUGGAAUGGAUUCGGUGUUGAAGGGUGCCACUACCUUUCUCAAGCGCUGAAAGUCAAUAGGACACUGAAGGAGUUGGACGUGUCUGCCAACAGAAUAGGAAUGUUGGCAGUUAAACUCCUCCUGAAGGGAUUGACGAAAAGUGACUCUCUUGAAACAUUAAAGAUUGGAACGAAUCCGUUGACCACUGAUGCUGCCAUCUAUGUUCUCCAAGCUUUAGAUAAGGCAGAGGAAAGCAUAUUGACCACACUUGAUCUAACGAAUAUUCAAGUUGAUGGAGUUUUUCUCCAUAUCCUGGGAAAAAUAAAGGAAAAGCGAACAUUCUCCGUGACACACGGAAUGGUCAUGCGACAGGACGAAAUAAAGAAGGUGUCUAAAGAUGACGUUUUUGAUGAAGAUGAUCCACUAAGUGUGCUGUUUGAGUUCAUGAGGCAGAAGAAUUUACGACUCAAGGAUUUGUUUGGUGUUUUUGAUAAAAAUGGAAGCGACUCCAUCACCAAGGCUGAGUUUAGGAACGGAUUCAAGAAAUUUAACAUACCUCUGAGUCGACGAAGUUUGGAGCAGCUGAUGACCCAACUGGACAAAGAUGGCGAUGGGUCGGUGGACUUUUGUGAGCUGUCGGAAGGACAGCGAGAAAAUAAUCGGAAAAGGUUAAUGCAGAGAAUGAAGAGGAAGAAAAGAGGAAGCAAGCAAAAAGAUCCACAGGAGGCUCUUAGGCUAAAGGUGCAAUUCUACUUGGCAUCAAAGGACAGAAAGGACAAAGAAGAAAAGAAAAGGUUGGCUGAGGUGAAGGCAAAAGAAAAGCUUGAAAGAGAGGCUCAGGCAAGUUUAACAAAGUCGUUGGAUACGGAAACGCUGCAGAUUGCGAAAGUAUACAGAGAUAUACCAUCGGAAGGCAUAGCUGGUACGGCGGCUAGCAUUGCAUGGGUCGAACCUGAAUCGACCAUGGGAAAUUUAAAGGUUAAAAGCGAAGAACAACUGGCAGCAUUGCUAUGCAAUAACAAACGAUUUGAGAAUUGCCUUCCCAGCACAAUAUCAGACAAUCAAACAGCGAAGCCAAUAGAUGAACAGGUUAUUGUAACGCAGGAGAUGCCAAAGCUACUUGAUGUACCUGAUACAGUUGGUCAUAAAAAGCAUGUGACGUUUAAAUUGACGGAUUCAUCCACCUUUCCUAACAAAAGUGGUCAUCUUAAAACGAAAAAGAAGAAAAAGAGAGUAUUAUAGUGCAACAAUUUCAUUACAUUUUGAUCCGUCUAGGACCAUAUCGAAUCUUUCUAUCGAAAAAGGUCCGGUGGUGUGGGUCAGAUUUACUUGAAACCAGCCCUUCUGUCCCCGGCUACAUUGCUCAAACUUCACUGCUCCUGUACUCCAUGCGUAACAAUAAACAUGUACAUGCAUUUGUCCCGAGGAGAAAUCUAAUGAUAUUAAGUUACGACUACGCAAACGUGUUUUGGAGAUAAAGUCAGGACGAACACAUCAUACAUAAUUGACAAACCAGCAUGUGCUAUCUAACGCGUCUAAGGACAUCGAGAACACACAAGAUGUAAAAAUAAACCAAUGUGUUUUGGAAUA